AUGGUGCUGGAGGAACUGGAGGACUCUGGGGAGAAGAGGAAGAUUGGAGAAGGAUAUAGAGAAAAGAGAAAGAAGAGUAUAAAUCUUAAGGGAAGUGAGAGGGGAAACAUAGAGUUGAGGGAGAAAUGGAAAGAUGAGAAAGAAAAGGGAAGAAACUACAACUUGAUCUGUAUGGUGAAUACAGUUUUGAAGAAGGAGAAUCACAUAUCCUAUUCAGUACAUGUCUCGGAGGAUUAUCCAGAUAACACAUAUGUUUCCAGUUCAGAUAAUGAUGAAGAUGUGUUAGUUACAACAGAGUCAAUCCCAGUAAUUUUCCAUAGAAUCGCAACAGAAUUAAGAAAAACCAGUGAUGUUAACUGUUGCUUAUCUAUAAAAUCAAAAUUACAGAGGGAAAAUGGAGAGGACUCAAGGCACAAUAGUGCAGUUGAAGAAGAUUCUGAAGGAGAUAAUGAUUCUGAAGAGUUUUAUUAUGGGGGACAGGUUAACUACGAUGGAGAACUUCACAAGCACCCACAACUGGAAGCUGAUUUGACAGCAGUGAGAGAGAUCUAUGGGCCUAAUGCAGUAUCUCUCAGGGAAUAUGGAGCCAUUGAUGAUGUAGACAUUGAUCUGCAUAUUGAUGUUAGCUUUCUUGAUGAAGAGAUUGCUGUGGCUUGGGAUGUAAUCCGCACAGAGCCUAUAAUAGUGCGAUUGCACUGUUCACUUACACAGUACUUAAAUGGUCCAGUACCCACCGUGGAUGUAUUUCAGAUCUCUACUAAGGAAAGAUUUGGGUUGGGACAUCAGCUGAAAAAAAUAAUGCAGACGUUUGUUACACAGCAGUGGAAAAAUAGCAAAGAAAAAUCAAAUUGUACGCACAAUAAGAAAGUGUCUGAGAAAAAGGUGAAAUCCCCUCUGCACAUCUUUUCUACAUUGCGCAGGUCGCCAAGUUAUCCUCCACCUGGCUGUGGUAAAAACAAAUCAAAACUGAAAUCUGAACAAGAUGGCAUCUCCAAAACUCACAAGCUACUGAGAAGGACUUGUUCUAGCACAGUUAAGUCCGAGGAUGUGUGUGCCACAAAGUCUCACAGAACUUUUGGCCGUUCAUUGUCUAGUGAUCCUAGGGCUGAGCAGACUAUGGCUAUUAAAUCGCACAAACUGUUGAAUCGUUCUUGCUCGGCAGCUGUCAAGCAAGAAGAAUGCAUCACUCUAAAGCCCCAAAAACUCCUAAGCAGAUCAUGUUCUGGGGAUCCUCGAUGUGAGCACAAUAGCACCUUGAAGCCUCACAAACUUUUAAGCAGGUCUUAUUCCAGUAAUCUUAGAAUGGAAGAAUUAGAUGGACUGAAGAAUCACAAGUUACUCAGCAAGUCAUACUCCAGUGCCCCUAAGUCAUCCAAAAUGGAGUUUUUCAAAGAACCCACCAUAGCAGAGGGCAGGAGGCUCUCUCUUACCUCAGGGCUUAUUGGUAUCUUAACGCCAUCUUCCUCAUCACCUUCGCAAGCUGCUCCGAAUUAUGGUGCAAAAUGCAUUCCAAUACGAGACAAUGGCUUUCUUGUGCAGACUAUUGAGUUUGCUGAGCAGCGGAUACCAGUGCUGAAUGAAUACUGCGUAGUUUGUGACGAACCACAUGUGUUUCAGAAUGGCCCCAUGCUGAGGCCCACAGUAUGUGAACGGGAGCUGUGUGUUUUUGCUUUCCAAACUCUAGGAGUAAUGAAUGAAGCUGCAGAUGAAAUUGCCACUGGGGCUCAGGUGGUAGAUUUAUUAGUAUCCAUGUGUCGAUCGGCAUUAGAAUCACCCCGGAAAGUUGUCAUUUUUGAGCCAUAUCCUUCUGUAGUUGAUCCUGAUGAUCCUCAGGUGCUGGCCUUUAAUCCAAGGAAGAAGAAUUAUGAUCGAGUCAUGAAAGCAUUGGAUAGUAUUACUUCUAUUAGAGAAAUGACACAGGCACCAUAUUUGGAAAUAAAGAAGCAGAUGGAUAAACAGGACCCGCUUGCGCAUCCUCUUCUGCAGUGGGUUAUUUCUAGUAAUAGGUCACAUAUUGUGAAACUACCAGUGAACAGGCAACUGAAGUUUAUGCACACUCCCCAUCAGUUCCUCCUUCUCAGCAGUCCACCAGCCAAAGAAUCCAAUUUCAGAGCUGCUAAAAAUCUCUAUGGAAGUACCUUUGCAUUUCAUGGUUCACACAUUGAAAACUGGCACUCCAUCCUGAGGAAUGGCUUAGUUGUUGCUUCCAAUACAAGGCUGCAGCUCCAUGGUGCAAUGUUUGGAAUUGGGAUCUACCUUAGUCCAUUGUCAAGCAUAUCAUUUGGUUACUCAGGGAUGAAUAAGAAGCAGCAGAAGGUGUCAGCUAAGGAUGAACCUGCUUCAAGCAGUAAAGGCAGUAAUGCAUUACAGUCACAGAAAAAAGGACAGCAAUCCCAAUUUUUGCAAAGCCGUAAUUUAAAAUGCAUAGCCUUAUGUGAAGUGAUAACCUCACCUGAUCUGCACAAACAUGGGGAGAUAUGGGUAGUUCCCAACACUGAUCAUGUGUGUACGAGAUUCUUCUUUGUUUAUGAAGAUGGCCAAGUGGGUGAUACAAGUAUAAAUACACAAGAAACAGGCAUUCACAAAGAGAUUCUUCGAGUCAUCGGUAAUCAAACUGCUACUGGACACUACCUCAAGAUGAAAGGCAAACUUAUUGACUAAGCUAAACAAGGUCUUCUGUUUGAAGAGCAGUUAAAAUAUCACAUGUAAGUCUAAAAAGUCGUUAAAAAAAUCUCCAGUCUCCUCUGCCAUGGUUGUAACUAUACUUAGUUUCACCACUUGUAGUGCUCAUGACUGUAAGGAAAUUUAUACUUCAAGUAAUGUUGAUAAAUAAUGGAGAGUUCUAUUUCUGAAGGUUUUGUUCGGCUGGUUGAGUUUUGGGAUAUUGCUUUGGAAGUUUUGGAUUUGUAAGUAUUUUGCUCUUUUUCCACCAUAUUGGAUAUAUGUGCUUUAGCUUUAUGUUCACUAGCUGAAGCCACACCCACUGAUGAGACCAAAUGGAAUAAAAUGCACAGAGCUGCCAUUUUAGUAUGGUAGACUGAAUACGAAAACCCUUUGGCAGUUUGUUCCUGCUAAUUUUAGUCUGCCAGUGCAGCAGUGAUGUAUAUUACUACCCAUUAAACUUUGCAUUGGGAUUUUGAUAUGAUAUAUUAAGUAUACGUUUUUGUAGGACAAAAAAACCAAGUAGAUUUUAGACAAAACAUAUCUAGAGUAUGAAAAACUGUUGAAGAAUAGAUUUCAUUAAACAUUUACCAGCAAGUCAGUAAAAAUGGAGUUCUUAUACACAGGCAUUCAGCAUAAUUUAAUGUUCUAAAAAUAUUUUUUAAAUUCACCCAAUAAUUACUGUACCUUUUGAGUUUAAAAAAUGCAGCUACUCCUUUACGUAAACAUUAAAAUAUGCCUAUGUUUCUUUUAAUUAUACAGCCUUUUCUUCCAAUAAAUUUCUUGAAUUCUGUGCACAAAAUAUUAUUGCAGCCUGCUAUUUAGCCUAUGGUGCCUUAGAGUUAUUACAAAUAUUUAACAAUAUGUAUAUAUUGUAAAUACUGCCAAAAGAUCAUUAAGGCCAAAUAUUUUCUCUAUUCACUUUUUACUGCACUUGCUUUCUAUUGCUAUUUAAGCCUCCUUUU